AUGGAUAAUUUAGUGGCGUCUCUCCCUACAGAUUCUCAGAAGGUACAUUUGGAGGAUAAAUCCAAUAUUGCGUCAAAUAUAAAAAGACCAGCACCAUCAUCUGGGGGAUGUAGAAUUGAGGGAUAUGUGCGUGUCAAGAAGGUUCCUGGAAACUUGAUCAUCUCAGCUAGAUCUGAUGCCCAUUCCUUUGAUGCUUCUCAAAUGAACAUGUCGCAUGUCAUAAACCAUUUAUCUUUUGGAAGGAAAGUGUCACCUAGGGUCAUGAGUGAUGUGAAGCGCUUGAUACCUUAUGUUGGCAGCAGCCAUGACAGGCUGAAUGGCCUGUCAUUUAUCAAUACACGUGAUUUAGGUGCAAAUGUUACUAUGGAGCAUUACCUUCAGAUAGUUAAAACAGAGGUCAUAACAAGAAAAGAUUAUAAAUUAGUCGAGGAGUAUGAGUACACAGCGCACAGCAGUGUGUCACAGAGCUUACACAUUCCAGUUGCUAAGUUCCAUCUUGAGCUCUCCCCCAUGCAGAUCCACUUUAGCGAGGAGGAUUUUUUGGCAGAUUCUAUAGAUCCACCAUAA